UGCUCUUAGCGACGGAAAGAGGUCGAUCUGUCCAUUUUGGCAGAGUGCACUUGCUUUAUUUACCUUUCCUGAUGAGCUAUCUGUACUCUGAGUUUAGUGUAAGUGUCAGGAAUAGAUCUGAAACGGCUUUAACUCGAGCUGUGUGGAGUAUCAGUCCGGUAUCCGUCGUGUGCUCGGGUUAAAGCCCGGGUUUAGGGGAGUUUAUCGGGGGGACCGUCUCCUGGCCCUGGCUGAGUUUAGCCGGGGACCAGGCCAGCGCUGCGGAACUAGCUGGGCAACCAUUACAGCUCCAUACACCCGUUAUUAAUAAAAGCCGGGAUUAACUAAAUUACAGUUUAUUUAUUAAAGACUGUGAGAGAGUUUAGGGGCUCAGCUAUGGCGGUUGUCAACGAAGGCGCGCUUAAAAAGAUGCUGAAGCAAUAUAAAUACCGUGACCUCACUGUACGUGAGAUAACGAAUGUCAUCCUGCAAUACAAAGAUCUGAAACCUCUGAUGGAUGCUUAUGUGUUCAAUGAUGGAUCGUCAAGGGAGUUGAUGAGUUUAACAGGGACAGUGCCAGUAAGCUAUAGAGGAAAUGUGUAUAAUAUCCCUGUGUGUCUAUGGCUGUUGGACACAUAUCCCUACAACCCUCCCAUAUGUUUUGUGAAACCUACCAGCGCAAUGAUGAUCAAGACUGGGAAACAUAUUGAUGCCAAUGGCAAGAUUUACCUUCCCUAUCUCCAUGAAUGGAAACAUCCGCAGUCUGACCUGUAUGGUCUGAUCCAGGUCAUGAUUGUUGUUUUUGGAGAGGAGCCUCCUGUUUUCUCACGACCCACAACUCAGCCCCCCUAUCAGUCCUUCCAGGCCACUGGGCCCCCAAAUCAAUCUUACAUGCCUGGAAUGCCUGCUGUGUCUGGUUAUGGACCAAACCCAAAUCCAUGUGGGUAUCCAGGCUAUCCUUAUCCUGGAGGGUCUACAUAUCCUGCUUCUGGGGGCCCUACACACUACCCGUCCCAGCCUCCAGUCACUACUGUGGGGCAGAGUCGAGAUGGCACCAUCGGAGAGGACACUAUCCGUGCCUCGCUCAUCUCGGCUGUGAGCGAUAAACUCCGCUGGAGGAUGAAGGAGGAGAUGGAUAGGGCUCAGGCUGAGCUGGAUGCCCUCAAGCGUACAGAGGAGGACCUGAAGAAAGGCCACCAAAAGCUGGAGGAGAUGGUCUCUCGUCUGGACCAGGAAGUGGCUGAGGUGGACAGGAAUAUUGACCUGCUCAAGAAGAAGGAUGAGGAACUGACAGAAGCUCUGGAGAAGAUGGAGAAUCAGUCAGAGAACAAUGAUAUUGAUGACGUAAUUGUUCCCACAGCGCCGCUAUAUAAACAGAUCCUGAAUCUGUAUGCUGAGGAGAAUGCCAUUGAGGACACCAUAUUCUACCUUGGGGAGGCUCUACGCAGAGGCGUCAUCGACUUGGAGGUCUUUCUCAAGCAUGUGCGACUGCUGUCCCGUAAGCAGUUCCAGCUGAGAGCACUGAUGCAGAAAGCCCGAAAGACUGCCGGACUCAGCGACCUCUACUGAUCCCACUGCCACCUGAUCCCCCACCUUGUUUUAUGUUUUCUUUCCCUUACUAUGUUUUACAUAGUUGUCAACAGCUUCCCUUAUAAACUGAUGCCUACUUAUAUCCUUUGGAUUCUGGCAAAUAUAGCAUAACAUUGAUGAAUCCUUCAAGUUAUCUAUGUUGAAAUCAGAUAAAAUUUUAAAAUCAGAAAUGAAGCACAACAGUGAUUGACUGACUGUUUAACUGGCUGACCAACUAGGGACAAAGUCACAGGGGUGACUUUCUGUUUCUUCAUGCAUGUAAUGCACAUUUUUUUUCUGUCUUAGAGCUUCUUUACAUCUUCAUCUUUUGGUUAUUAUAUCAAAAUGUGUCAGAUUUGUUGAUUGUUUUUUUUUUGCAGUACUGACUCCAAAAUGUAGCAAAUGACAAACUGCUGAAUGACUGCUCCACACUCCUUACAUUUUUGUUUUUGGGACAAGAAAAUACUUAUUUAAUUUUAGAAAGGAACUCUUUAAUGCAAUGUGAGCUUUUGUAUCUCAGCGAUUUUAUUUUACUGUUUCUGACUGAGUAUUUAUGUUUUUCAACUGUGCUGUCCUGGGGUCGACCUGCUGCGUCCUGUUCCUGAAUUGUUGCUAUAAUUGUACAACUGUCGUUCAUGUAGCUAUUUAAACUGAAUUAUUCGUCUGACAUUUCAAGUGUUACAAAUUUAGAACGGUUCCAGAGCAUUUGCACUCAAAUUUCUGAGUGAGAAAUUGUGUGUACGUGUAGGCAUGUAUGUGUGUACAAGUAUUCAUACAGGUCUGCUUAGUUUGACUGACUCCAGCAUCAACAAUGGAAUGAAGAUUUCUUUAUUAAUUCAUUCAAAAAGGUUUUAAAUGACUUUUGACAAAAUAAUAGAGAAAAAAAAAAUCUAUGUGUGUUUUUUUUUUUUUAGUGCGUUUUGUGUGGGCAACUUUAUUUUAUUUGAUUGAGAAGAUCCUAUUACAAAGAUUCUUCUUACUUUUUCCUUCUUGUUUUCAGAUCUUUAGUUGUUAAUAUCUUCUGCUCAAUAAAAUCAGGAUAAUUUG